UGGACGCUGCAUUUUUCCCUGUUUCCAAAAAACAGAGCCGUUGGUGGGCAAAAACCUAAAACCCUUAUAAACCUUAAAAAUAAAAAAGAAUAAAAAAAUCUAACUAUUUUCAUCUCUUCUCUUUUUUUGUGUCUUAAUUGAAGAUGGAUAAGAACAUGUUUGCAGACUUGGAUAAUCUUCCUGAAGAAGAUAAGCACAAAAUGUCCACCAUGAUAGACCAGCUCCAAAUCCGAGACAGUCUAAAGAUGUAUAAUUCAUUAGUGGAAAGAUGUUUCAAGGAUUGUGUCAAUACUUUCUAUCGGAAAUCUCUGACCAAGCAAGAGGAAACAUGUGUUAUCAGAUGUGCUGAAAAAUUCUUGAGGCUUUCAAUGCAAGUUGGCUUGAGAUUUUCAGAUCUCAACCAAGGAGCAUCUACAACAGAUAAAGGCUUCAACAUUUCUUUGGAGGGGCUUUUUAGCUGAGUAAUCAGGUCUGGUCACUUCUCUCUUCAACUUGCUUUUUGUUGAGGAUUGUCCAAAUAGCAGAUUCAAAGAGAAAAGUGGCAUGGAAUCGAACAAGGUCCUGAAUUGGUGCUUCUCUUAAUUCUAAAUGUCGUGCAAAUGCUUGAAUCUUUGUUUAUCUUGUAGCUAGACUAGAACUAUCCUACUAUGUUUCUAAGCAUUUUGUAGCUUAUUUCUGUAUUUAUAUUU